GCGCGUUGGAUGGAGACGGUGUAAAUGAACCCGUUUAAAUGACCUCGUACUUACCGACAGAGGACUUUCCGAUGAGUGUGUUGCUCCUGCUCCUAAACAGCCAGUCUGUGUGGGUUAUAUUUCACAUGUGUAAAGCUGAAACCUGAAGUUUGAGCUGAUUAAAUUCUUUUUUUAGUCGCUGCAGUCACUCCCCCGUGUUAAACGAUGCUGUGGGGCACUGGAUAUGAACAUCAUGUACUACAUGUUUAUUUAUAGUCAUUUAUUCAUGAAGAGGAGCUUCAGUGCAACAACCCUAAGCGAUGGUCCUGUCAUUGGUGUACCUGUGUGCGCGGGAGGUGGUCAGUGAUCACGGGUUAUCGGCCGCGUGGUUGAGCUGCGUGCCGGGCGAGCUGUACAGGCCGCUGCUGGACGCCGCGUUCGCUCGCUGUCGCCCGCUGGCCGUCGGAGAGCUGGUGCAGCGCUGGCCUGAGCGGACACUCAGCGUCGGGGGACGGAGAAAACGUGACCAUGAGCCACCGAACCGCCUGUGUGUCCAGGCGCUGCUGCUCGCCGUGGUCAGGGGCUUGACAGAUAAGAGGUGUUGCCUGCAGGUGCUGGAUCUCUGCGGGCUGCAGAGCGAGGACGGCCGCUCGGAGGACGCGAUGGGAGGCUGGUCCCUCACCGUGGCUUUGUGCUCCACGCUGCUGCAGGCUAGAAACGUCACCACCGCCUCCAGGGGGCGCAAACGAGACGAGCGAGAGAAGAAAAAGAGAGGGCUGGAGACGGAGACAGAGCGGGACGGUGCGGUGAAACGAGACCGAGCCGGACUGAAGAAGGAGGAGGGCGAGAGGAUGGAUUGUGGGGAUAACGCGGCGCCUGCACGAGGGACUUCAACACCGGAAGAGGAGAACAUAACGGGUGUGAGGAGGAGGAUGGAGCUGCAAAGGAGGAACGGAGCCCAGCCGCAGCAGGUUCCCAGCAGAGACGACGUGCUGGUGGAUGUCAGGGCCGAUCUCUUUGUGAACGCACGAUCCUGGGAGCGCGUCCGCGGGGCGCUGAACAUCUCCGGCCCCCUGCGGCUUCACUGCCGCUUCCUGCGUGUGGAGGAGCUGCCUGCGUCCUCCAUCGCCUCCCUGUUGCACUUACUGCCCCAGGACGAGCUCCUCGGUGUGGACGUGCGCUACUCCAGCCUGGGCAUGUCGGGGUUAGCGCUGCUGUUGCCCCGGUUAGCGCCGUUUCCUCGACUCAGCUCGCUCCGGCUGCACUACUGCAACCUGGACGUGCUGCGCGCUCGGCCCGGCCAGCAGGAGGCGCUGCAGGACGUGUCUCGAGGGCUUGGAGGGCUGAAGAAGCUGCGCAGGCUGAGUCUCACUGCUCUGCGCAUGCCGGGACGCCUACGCCUGCUGCUCAGCUCUCUGUCGGAGCCCCUGGAGGCGCUGGAGCUGCCGUACCUCAGCCUGACCUCCGGUGACGUGGCGUACCUCUCGCGCAGCCCUCACGCGUCCUCCAUUGCCGAGCUGGACCUGAGUGAGAACAGGCUGGACGAGUCGUCUCUGCACUCCCUGUGCUAUCUCCUGGCCCGGGCUGAACGCUGCCUGAUGCGCCUCUCUCUGUGCGGGUGCGGACUCUCGGACGGCCCGCUCAGGGCGCUGCUGCCCACGCUGGGGCAAUGCCACGCCCUCCGCAGCCUCCGUUUGGCACUGAAUCCGCUCUCCAGGGCGGCGCUGGUGGAGUUAGCGCGGGCUGCGGCAGGCAUCGACUCCCUGAGGCUCCUCCUCUACCCUAACCCACUGGAGGAGUACGAGCCCGGGCUGCCCCCCCUGCCCUCCAGCACACAGCUCCUCGACUGGCCUCUUAUCGAAGAGUCGGAGGUCAAAGAGGUCACGCUGAUGCAGCUGGACGAGGUUUUGAGAGCCAAAGGGCGCACGCAGGACCUCCUAAUGACCUCCGACCUGCUGAAAUAUAGCACUGACCUAGCAGUGGAUGAUUAGCGUGUUAAAGUGAUAGUUCAGCCAAAAAAGUUUUGUAAAUUUUAUUUUGACCUGCCGGAACCUUAUAGCCACCAUGCACACGCUUCAUUGUGAUGUAUUUUUGUCCAUUUUUUUUUUUUAUAUACCGAGGCGUGGCCUCUGUGUAUGUCAGUCUCAGUGGCGUGGAACUGCUCAACGCUAACACACACACACAAAUGUUUUGGUUAAAAUGUUACUGUUUGCACAAUCCUCAAUCACAUCGCAAGGUAUUGAAACUGCGCUAAAAAUCAUACCUUGUUUACUUUUGCUAAUCUUUCAGUUUUAUUGUUUUGUUCAAACAGGGUUUUUAAACGGCCCACUCUUGCAGUAGUUUUUAAAUACGGUGAAAUCCUCGGAAUUGGUUUUAGCAGUCGAUGCUAACUGUAGUUACAGUGUGAGUGUAGUAAUUUAGCUUUAAUCUGGGGUCGAUGUCGAUCUACCUGUCACAUUUCGUCCUGUUGCUGUCCCUUUACAUCGUUCCUAUCUGUAUUUCCCAGUUGCCUGGCGACUAGGCAACAACAUGAAUGGUGAGCGUAAUCCUGCGUCUGCUAAGUAAAUGAAUGUAAAUAUAGGUAAAUGGAUAUGUGUAUAUAUUAGAUUUCUAUACACUGUAAAGCAGAAAUUGACUCUAUCACAGUCACAAACGACUGUAGCUAUUGUCACGAUUACUCGACAUCUACCGACGCUCCUCCUCAGAUUUCUGCAUUCGAUUGACGGAUCUUAUUCCCGGCCGGAUGAAACACGCUGGGGAUUUUCUAACUCGACCGUGCGUCAUGAUGAAUUAAUGAGAUGCUAUUUAUGUAAGUUUUCCUUCAACUGCCAAAUUUUUUAUCACUAGUUUGGGGCUAAGAUCAGAAGGAUUAGGAUCAGCGAUGAGACUACCUCACCUACGGAUGGAAUGAAGGAAAUGAAAAUGAAUUGAAUGAAUGAAUGAAUGAAUGAAUGAAUGAAAUGAAGGUCAGUGUAGCUCCAAUUACAGCGUAGCUCCAAUUACAUUGACUAAUAGUUUUAGCUGAAUCCAGUUUUACACAACGGAUCAUCUUAAACGUGAAGAAGACGUUAUUACAUCAUGUGCGUUUGUACGAUUUCAGUACAAUCAUGUACUCUUAAACGUCUGUUGUGUUUGGAUCUUAAAUUCACCACACUGCACUCUUCAGUCCCUUCAGGAUUUCACGAUUGCAGAAAUGAAAAGCAAACUCCGCAAUAUGCUUAGGAGCUUGCAGUUUUUUCAGAAUAAUUGCAGAUUUGGGCCGAGACGCGUCAUGUGACGUGCAUUCAGCCUCCUUCGAUUUACGUGCGUCGAACACGAGUACAGCUAAAAGGUCUCAUUUACCAGCAAGCAUCACCGUGCAAAACAAUUCCGUGCGAUUGCGUUUUCGCUGAUUUCGCGACGUGGCGUUGCAAAUUAUGCAAAAAGCGCAGCAACGUCAAGCAUUUUUGGCCGCGACAAUCAACAAAAAAACUCUGAAAUCCUGUACGGACCGACUCUUAUUCUGUAUUUCUGCUUUUCAAUAAAUACAAACCAAAGCGUUUCUUACAACGAAAAAAAAAAACUGGCAGAAUUUUGGAUGAUUUUUGUGUCUGGGGAAAGAUUUCUACGAGCCAACGGGAACACAAGGUGUGAGAGAGAGCGAGUAACACCAAAGUGCAAAGUGAAGUGCUGUUUCCUUCACCGAGUGUGUUAUUUGUAUAUAUUUGGAAAGAUAUCGAAAGAUAAAAUAAAACAUCUGAGAUCGGAGUGUUGGUGAGUCAGAGGUAGCUCGAAGUUCUGCGCUAAGGACCAGGAAGCUGUUUUGCCGGAGAGCUGUCGUCGUGCCUUGGAGGGAAAUCAUUAACCGUCACUGUGCUAUGCGAGAGUUCUUUACACACAUCGUGAAUCAUAUACAUGUGAUUUAAAUUCAUGUGAAACGAUAUCAGCUGGAAUGAAACAGAUGGAACAAGCACACACAUUACGAUGUCAUGACCUUGGUUUACUCGCUGUCAGAGUAUGCUCUACAGGCGUCCCAGAAGUCUCCAUACACAGGGAUACGUUUGCCAGCACCAUGUCGGUUAUGUCUUCGUCAGCGGAUGUCCGUGGACGUUUUAAUUGUCCGGCGUCGCAACUGAAUAUCCACAACUUUCCUCGCGUAAAAACAAAUCCCAACGUAACUAGUUGUUUUGUUCGGCAGGUUUUCAACUCGAUCGCACCGGCGGAUUCAUCCGGCACGUUUUGGACAACGAAAUUAAAAGUGCUCGGACGUGUGGAGGAGCGUUUUCAUCUGUAGAACUGGACGUAGGAUCGCUCCAGCAGGAAGUAGCGCUGCAGCGGUGCCUGUUUGAGACAGUGCGCCUCCAGAGAGAAAGGGAACGAAGAGACGGUGACUCGAGGCAGCGGGAGAGUCAGCAGCCGUGUAAAACCCGUCAGUGCUGGCCUGGACGUCAGAGGAGGCAAGCGCAAUCCUGGAAAGAGCAAAGUCGCGAUUAACGUGUGUGUGUGUGUUUAAAGUAGGAUGCUGGAACAACACCUAAUGCUUAUGUGUGGUUGUUUCUGAAAGUCCUAAUUCUAUUACAGAGAGCAUUUCCUUUCAGAAGGGUGAUAUGAGACUAGGCAGGAUUAGAGACUGUCAUAGGAAAAUAAUCAACGACAGGGUGGUGUGAUGAUGCGUAUUUACUGUUACCACACCCAAGUUUAAUAUUCUCAUGUAACAGCAUGUCGCACAAGUGUUUCAUUCCUCUUUGACCAUGAUUAAAGAAUG